AUGCCCAAGCUCCGCGUCCUAAUCUCCACCUCCGCGGCAUACCCCCCCGCGACGCUCUGCCCCGUGAACGGCGGCCCCGUGCGCGUGCGCACGCCGAAUUUCGACGGCGAAAUCAGCGUCUUCAUCAAAGGUUUCGAGGGCGAAGGCGCGGCCGGCGACGGCCACGAGUUCUUCGACCACCGCCCGGGGCUGACGUACGCAAUGGUCGUGCGCGGCAAAUACCUCGACGGCGUGAAUGGCGACGACCUGGUUUUCGGGAACGUGUUCGAGCGGCCCAUCCGCGACAGUUUGCCGUGGGGAACGAGUAUUGCGACAAAAUUCAUGUAG